AUGAAGGCCAUCGUGACUCUGGGUAACGGGCACUUCGAACUGAAGGACGUACAGACACCACGCGCCUCGGCCGGUGAAAUGCUAGUGAAAGUCGCUGCAACUGCUCAAAAUCCCGUGGAUUGGAAAACCGCUCUCCUGCACAAGAAGCCUGAAAACAUCCUAGGUUGUGACUUCGCGGGCACUGUGGUUGAAGUCGGUCCGGAGGUUCCUGAAACUUUGCGACACAAGGGCGAACGCGUGGCUGGAUGCAUACAGGGCGGCGUAGCACCGAACGGCGCGUUCGCGGAAUACGUGGUAAUGGAGGCUGCCCUCGCCAUAUCGCUGCCCGACUCGGUGACAUUCGAAGAAGGGGCGCAGCUGGGUAUAGCAUGCUUCACAAGCUGUCUCGCCCUGUACCGAUGCCUCAAGCUUCCUACGCCCGACUGCCCUGCCACGGAGCCGAUUCCUAUGCUCAUCUGGUCGGGCACGUCUGCGACAGGGCAGUAUGCCAUUCAGUUUGCGAAGCUGAGUGGCCUGCGAGUCAUCACGACGGCGUCGCCCAAACACUUCGACCUCGUCAGGUCUCUCGGGGCGGACGAGGUGUAUGACUACGCCGACUCUAAGACCCCCAGGAAGAUCUUCGCGGCCACUGGAGGCACUCUUCGGCACGCCAUGGAUUGUAUCAGUCAAGACAGGACACCGAACCAGGUUAGCACAUCGCUAAGCAAGGAGGGCGGCAAUAUCGCAACUCUUCUGCCCUACGUCAGCAGGUCGAAAGGAGUUCAGACCCAGCUCAUUCUCGCCUACACUAUCUUAGGGAAGGAAAUAACUUUCCCCUUUGCGCAUCCUGCUGUCGAGGAGGAUCAUCAAAGUGCUGUGGAGUACGCGCAGUUGAUCUCGAAACUCCUAUCGCAGGGGAAAAUCAAGCACACACGAAUCAAUUUGUUCCCCCACGGACUGCAGAGCGUCAAGGAUGGCUUCGAAUACAUGGGAGCAGGCAAGGUCCAUGCGGAAAAGAUCACGUACCGGAUCUCAGACACUCCGGGCGUGGAUUCCUGA